AUGGAUGAGACCAUGCCAAUCAGUAAGAAGUCAGCUUCUCAAGCUAGAAUUAAGAGGCCAGAUGAUUUAAUCAGUCCUAGCACGAAUGAUCUUCGGAAAAAUUCAUAAAUGAGAGCCAAACUACCAAAGAUUCAUAGUAAAAAGCACAUUGAUAUCAGCUAAACUCCACUUCCCACUCUUCCUUUCCCAAGAGUAUUAGGGAAAGACAUCAUCUCUCCAUUCCCUGGAAGUCAAGAUCAUUAAGCACUCAAGAGAAUUAUCGCCUAGCAUUAAGCUUAAGCUUAAGCUCUAGCUGAAAGUCAAAACAUGACCGCAUCGACAUCUCAAUAGAUAUUACAUUCAUAUAGAAAUGCAGGUCACGCUCCUUUAUUAGGCUAAUCUUAAUCAUAACUUACUUUGAAAAUCGGUAUGGCUAACCAAAACAGCCAGACUCUUAUGCAUAAUCAGUCAACUCUAUCUCUGAUAUCUCCAGCUGAUAAGACUCUAGCCAUUCUUGAGUCGCAUAAUAGAAGAAAUAACCGCACAUCACUUACUCACCACCAGUCAUUCCAGUAACUGCUUCCAUUGGAUUAGUCCAAGAUUCUCAAUAGUACUCUUGAAGGGCAAGGCUAGUAACUUCAUCACGAUUAAAGUCAAACCAAUGUCUCAGCUCUCAUCCUAAAGAAUGUUCCCCUUCCUAACUACGAGUAAAACAAACAAAUCAUGACAAUUGAUCCAGCAAAAAUCAAGCCAAAGCCCACAUCUGAUAUUAAGAAGUUUAUGGUAAGACAAGGAAUGAAACCGUCUCCCUUAGAAUUCAUCAAGCUAGUACAACUAGACCCAGAGUUUUAAAGCAGAUUCUGCUAUUGCAACAGAAGGGAAGACUACUAUGAUUUUGAAAUAGUGCCCUUCAGUGACAAAAAUGAGGCAGAGUACAUGACUGUGAGUUCUCGCGGAGUAGUUCACUUUAUCAAAGGAGAAGCCAAUUUCAUGUCGAUUCCUGAAUGGGAACGAGAGCAAAGAAUCUAUAAAAAGAUCUAGAAUAUCCCCUUCUUUAUGAAAUAUCGCACUUGGAAAACUUUCUCAGCCUGGAAGACUCUCAUGAGAAGAACCAUGAUCUUCAAGACUAGUGAUUUCCUCAACAGAGAGCUCUUCAUUCUAGACUCAGAACUUAGCAAGCCCCUCCUAGACAUCAGAAUGAAAACCUUUAACAUUCAGAAGAUGCAAAUGGUAGCAAUGAACACUGACAAGCCCAGAAACAUGCAGGAGUUCUUUGAGUUCCAAGACAAGCAAAGAAAGAGUGUCUCAGAGACCCUAAAUAAAAUCGAAAAAGAGAUAAAGAACAUUUUGAUCGAGUCUUGCGACAGCUCAAUGAGAACUUUCCGAGAGGAGAACAGAAUAUCACUAAAUGACAACCAAGAGGACGAUGACAAUGAGGAAGCUGAGCCAUUCCUUGUUGGAGAUGAAACACAUAAGCAAAUGCCUUACACUCAAGAGGCUACUACCAGAACUCACUACAAGAAACUCGCAAAGUAUAUUAGACUUACUGAUUAUAUGAUAAUUGACUCAAAACUCAGAUUGAUACAAAACUCUAUAUCGAAUGUACUCAAGAUAGUGCAAUUAGAUCUUGCUGGCAAUAGAAAAUACAUGGUUGGUGAUAAGAUUCAAUAAGUGCCACUAUUUGAAAUUACUGUAGAUUUCAGUGGAUUUGAUAUCUACUUCACGCCUAAUAAAUUUGAUGUUCGUGAUGCUAUCAAAAAUUCCAUAACUGAAGGUGUAAACACUGUGUGCAGAUAUGAGCUAUUCAUCAAUCAGGCAGAAUUUGAGACCUACAUCAAUGUUUAGGAGCAAGAGGAUCACUUAUUCGAUGAGCAGAAUGACUUGAUGUCAUUGGCAAUUGGUUCAGAGAUGCUGAUAAGAGACACAGAAAACAUCUCACUAGCAAUUGACGGAGUGUUUGAGGAAGUGAAAGACCACUCCAGAAAGUAUGACUACUUCGUCCAGAUCUACAAUGAAAACAUCACGAUGCAAGUAGAUGACUUCAGGAACAAGGACCACGAGUACAUGAAUAACACUAUCAACAAACUCAUUUCACAACAAGAAGAGAUCGAGAUCUUAGAUAUGAGAGUUAGCAUCAAGAUUGUCAGACUUGACGGUGAGAAGAUGAAGAAGAGAAUCAAGGAAAGCCCCAAGCAGUGCUGGAAGAUGCUCCAAGAUUUCAUUCCCAAGUUCUAACUAGAAAAAGCUGAGUAACUUUGUGAGAUUUUGAAAGUAGAGUAUGAGAAAGUUUCCAGAAAGCCUCAGUCAAUUGAUCAGUUUGUGGUUAUAAUGAACGACCUUAAUGAGCUUAACACAAGAGUCGACAACUUGUCCUCAAUGUUCUAGGAACUUGAAGUCUACGGCAUUCUGAUGGAGAACCACAAAAUCAAGUUGCCAGACAAGAACAAGGCAAAGCAAAAGGAAGCCUAUCAACUGUUAACUAACACCAGAAAGAAGCUAGAGGAAGGACUUGAAGCUGGUGAAGUCGAGGAACUUAAAUUCAAAAAGCAACUGAUUGACGUUGAAAUCCCCAGACUCAACAAAUAAUGCAAAGAAAUCAUGGAAACUCUGUCCGAUCCUAUGUUUGCCGAUGUUAACACUUCGUAUGAUGACGCUGUAAGGAAACUUGAAUCAGUUGGUGAAACUGUCAACUAGAUCAAGGAGAGAGGCAAACAAUUGAACCAGUAUUAAAAGUUCCUUGAACUCGAGGAAACUCCUUUUGAAUCAGUGAAUGAUGCUUUUGGCGACUGGAAUCUCAAGUAUAAGAUGUGGAAGGGACUUGACGAUUGGGUAUAUCUCUCAAGAGACUGGAUUAACACUAAGUUCUAAGCUAUCGAUGUUGAAAACAUUCAGAAGUAAGUAGAUCACUAUGACAAGGCAGCAAGAGUUUGUUCAAUUGGCCUGAGGGACAACCCAGUUACCUAGAUAUUCCUUGAUAAAGUAGAGGUUCUAAAAUCAACCAUGCCAGUAGUAAGCUACCUCAGAUCAGAUCUUUAACCAAGACAUUGGACUGAAAUCUAUGAGAUCAUCGGUAUGGAGCUAGACCUAAACAAUGAUGAGUUCACACUAAAAUCUCUUAUCGAGCUUAAUGUCAAGUAAGAGAAAGAUAAGAUUGGUGAAAUAGCCCAAAAAGCAGUCAAGGAAAAGGAACUUGAAGCUUCUUAUGAAAAGGUCUAUUCUGAGUGGAAAAAAGCUGCCUUUGAGACAAAGAAUCACAAGGAUUCUUACUAUAUUUUGGGGAGCACUGAAGACAUCAACAAUCUGCUUGAAGAAUCUAUGGUGACUCUCUCUAAUAUCUUGGGCGCUAGAUUCGUUGAUAUCAUUCGUAACGAGGUCGAGGUUCUCUAUAAGAAACUGAAUUACAUUGAAAACUUGAUGAAUGAAUGGCAAACUUUCCAAAGAACUUGGAUGUAUUUAGAGAAUAUCUUUAAUGGUUCAGAUAUUGCUUAGAAGAUGGGUCAGGAUGCCAAGAAAUUUACCUAAGUAGACUAGCAAUGGAAGGAGAUCAUGAAGGCAACUCAUAGCAACCCACUGGUGUUUAGAUUCCUGUAAAACUACAAAGAUGGCAAUCAGUAUUUGGAUGUGUUUAAAAACAACAACAAGAUUCUUGAUGACAUUCAGAAGAGUUUAGAGGUCUUGCUUGAAAAGAAGAGACAAGAGUUCCCCAGAUUCUAUUUCCUUUCUAAUGAUGAGCUUCUAAGUAUUCUUGCCGAAGCAAGUAGAGACCCAUAAUGUGUGCAACAGCAUCUAAGAAAACUAUUUGAAAACAUAAAUAGCAUCACUUUCGAGCUAGAUGAAAUCACUAAGAUUGUUUCUGCUGAGAAGGAAGUGAUUAAGAUCAAGAAAGUUAAGACUGGUUCAAACAACUCAGUUGAGAAGUGGCUGAUGACUCUGCAGGAGAACAUGAUGUUCGCAGUAAAGAAAUUCAUCAAAGAAGCUCACAACGCUUUCAGGGAGGAAGAGGAGUUUAAGAGACACAACUGGGUCAUGGAAGACCAUCCAGCUCAAGCUAUUUGCGUGGUAGCUUCUAUCAAUUGGUGUGGAAACACAGAGAACUUCCUAAAGGAUGAGGACGAUGUAAGGGAAGGUCUUGAAUGGUGGUAUCAGGAGAAUAUCAAGUAGCUUGAAGAGCUAACUAAGAUAGUCUCAAAGCCAGACCUAGAUUCAAGAAAAAGAAAGGCUGUUGUAGCACUAAUCACACAAGAUGUCCACUACAGAGAUAUAGUCGAAGAACUUAUCAAAGAAGAAGUUGAAAGCCAACAUGACUUCAAGUGGCAACAACAAUUAAGAUACUACUAUUAAAAUGAAGAGAUUGCUAUCAAGUAAGUCAAUGCUUAACUUGACUACGGAUAUGAGUACCUUGGAGCCCACACUCGUUUGGUUAUUACACCUUUGACAGAUAGAUGUUGGAUGACUAUCACAGGUUCCCUCCAUAUCAAACUUGGAGCAGCUCCAGCUGGUCCUGCUGGUACUGGUAAAACUGAGAGUACCAAGGAUUUGGCAAAGGGUCUUGGUAAAUAUUGCGUAGUGUUCAAUUGCUCUGACCAAAUCAACUACAAGAUGAUGGAGUAGCUCUUCUCAGGUCUAGCAACAACUGGCUCCUGGGCUUGUUUAGACGAGUUCAAUAGAAUCGACAUUGAAGUACUUUCAGUUAUUGCUCAGCAAAUCCUCACCAUCAGAAAUGCAAUGCUACAAGAAAGAAAAGAGUUCCAACUUGGUGAUAGACAAAUUAACAACUUCAUUCCUACAAUGGGUAUAUUUAUUACUAUGAAUCCUGGCUACAAAGGAAGAACUGAACUCCCAGACAAUCUCAAGGUACUUUUCAGACCAGUGUCUAUGAUGAUCCCAGAUUACGCCUUGAUUGCUGAAAUCAUGCUUUUCGCUGAAGGAUUCUCACAAGCCAAACCUCUAUCUAGAAAAAUGACUAAGCUCUAUAAAUUGGCUUCAGAGUAACUCUCUCAAUAGCCUCAUUAUGACUUUGGAAUGAGAGCUGUCAAGUCAGUCUUGGUAAUGGCUGGUCAGGUCAAGAGAACCUUCCCUAAAAUGCCAGAGGAUAUCGUGCUUAUUAGAGCGAUGAGAGAUUCAAAUAUCCCUAAGUUUAUCAAAGAAGAUCUUCCACUCUUCAAUGCCAUAGUUAGAGAUCUAUUCCCUAAUACACAACUUCCAGAAGCUCAGUAUGAUCUACUUAUUGAUGCAAUAAAGCAGAGCUAGGUUGAAGAGGGACUUACCCCAGAUGACGACUAGACUGAGAAAGUUAUUCAGUUCUAUGAGACCAUGAAUGUAAGAUUCGGUCUUAUGAUAAUCGGUUAAACUCUCACAGGAAAGACAACCAUAAUCAGGACUUUAAAGAAAGCUAUGAAUCUCAUUAAGAAAAAUGGACACGUAGGAGACGAGUACAAACCAGUUGAAAGUGAAACUCUCAAUCCUAAAUCUAUCUCAUUAGACGAACUUUAUGGUUCCUUUUCCCACUUAACUCAAGAAUGGACAGAUGGUCUGGCCUCUUAAUUAAUCAGAGGAUUCGUGGAGAAGCAAAAUGAGGAUAUGAAGUGGGUUAUCUUUGAUGGUCCAGUAGAUGCUAUUUGGAUUGAAAACAUGAACACUGUCCUUGAUGAUAACAUGACGCUAUGUCUGUCUUGUGGAGAGAGAAUCAGACUAAGACCUGAAAUGAGAAUGAUAUUCGAGGUUGAUGAUCUAUCACAGGCUUCACCAGCAACAGUAUCCAGAUGUGGUAUGGUGUAUGCCAGUCCUCAGACACUCUCAUGGAAGCCAAUUGUACAAUCUUGGAUUAAGUAAAUUCCAGAGAAUCUCCUCGAAGACCCUCACAGGGUUCAACUACAAUGGCUGUUUGAUACUCACAUUGAUAACACUAUUGAAUUAGUAAGAGGCAAAGGUUUCAAAGAGCCAAUCCCAACUGUUGACAACAAUUUCAUUAUUUCUAUGUGUAGACUCUACCAAUCAAUUCUUGAGCAUGUAAUUGAUAUCAAGAAGUAUUAAGGAGAGAGGCAAAAGAAAGCCAUAGUAAAGAUUUUCAUCUAUUCGUUAGCCUGGUCAUUUGGAGGAAGCAUCGACUCCACUCAUUAUUCAUCCUUCGAAGUUUACCUUGGAACAGCAUUCAACAUGAGUGACUUGCCAAAGACUUCAAUCUUUGAUAACUAGCUAGUGUAAGGCCCUGAAAUUCUAGAUUAUGCAACUUGGACUCAGAACUUGCCUAAGUUUGAGUACUCAAAUGAAAAGAGUUUCUUCGAACUUGUGGUCCCAACCAAAGAUACUGUUAGAUUCUCUUGGCUACUUAAACAAUCAGUAAUCAAUGGAAACCCAGUAUUCUUCACAGGUAUAACUGGAGUUGGUAAAUCUAUUAUCAUGAAUUCAACAAUUGCUGAAAUGAAAAAGAAACAAAACACCGAAGCAAUUAUCCUAUCAUUCUCCUCUCAAACUUCAUCCAAAGAAACUCAAAACCAGAUAGAAGAUAAACUUGAAAAGAGAAGAAGAAAUUUGCUCGCUGGUCCAAAUGGAAGGAAAGUCAUCCUAUUCAUUGACGAUGUCAAUAUGCCAGCUUAUGAUGACUAUGGCACACAGAUGCCUAUUGAGCUACUCAGAUAAUAUGUUGACUUUAAGGGUCUCUAUGACAGAGAAGGUUUAUUCUGGAAAAAGAUCCAAGAUACAACUCUAGUUUGUGCUGCAGCUCCACCCGAAGGAGGACGUAAAGUUCUCUCUAAAAGAUUCACCAGACAUUUCCACAUGAUUUGCCUUCCACCUACUUAGGAAGAAUCCCUUCAAAUGAUUUUCUUGUCAAUUAUCGAUGGGUUCUUCAAGUAAUUCAAGAAGGAAGUUCAAAUGCUUGCCAAGCCAAUGGUGGACUCAACAUUGCAGAUAUUCAACAAGAUUACCAAAGCACUCAGGCCUACUCCUGCUAAAUCUCACUAUACUUUCAAUCUCAGAGAUAUUUCAAAGAUAUUCUAAGGAGUAUGUAUGGCAAAGACUCAGACUCUGAAUAGAAGCGAUAAAAUGGUCAAAUUGUGGAUCCACGAAGCAUCCAGAGUUUUCUAUGACAGAUUAGUUUCUGCUGAUGAUAAGAAAUGGUUUACUGAGUUAGUUAUUGAGCUCAUUAAGGGUGCCUUCAGAGUAGACUGGACUCAUGCCGACCUAUUUGAAAGCAGGCCUCUUAUCUUUGGAGACUUUAUGAAGAGAGGUAUUCCAUUCGAAGAAAGAUAAUACGAUGAAGUAAAGGAUAUUGCCACAAUGAGUAAUGUUAUCAUGGACUACCAAGAAGAGUAUAACAUAGAUCAUUUGAACAAAUUCGAUCUUGUUCUAUUCCCAGAAUGCCUCCAGCAUAUCUCCAGAAUCUGUAGAAUUUUGAGACAGCCUAGAGGAAAUGCUCUUCUAGUUGGAGUAGGAGGAAGUGGAAAGCAAACCUUAACCAGAUUGUCAGCCUUCAUUGCUGAUUGCCAGUUCUCCACCUUGGAGGUUAAGAAAAACUUUAACCAAAAUGACUUCAGAGAUAAUCUAAAGAAAGCUAUGUUGCCCUGUGGCAUCAAGGGAGAGAGAACUACUUUCCUGAUUAAUGAUAACUAAAUCACCAAUGAAAGUUUCCUUGAGGAUGUCAACAACUUGCUUAACUCAGGUGAAAUUCCCAACCUAUGGCUCCCAGAAGAUAAAGAUCAAAUCACAAAUGAACUUCGUAAGGCAGCUGCAGAGAAAGGUAUAUAUGAAGGACUAUAUCAAUUCUUCUUGCAAAGAAUGCGUGAUAAUCUACACAUUGUACUUUGUCUAUCUCCAGUAGGUGAGUCUUUCAGAAUGAGAAUCAGAAUGUUCCCUUCACUUGUGAACUGUUGUGCCAUUAACUGGAUCAAUGCUUGGCCAGAAGAAGCACUUCUUAGCGUCAGUUCUAGGUUUAUUCAGAAAAUAGACCACAUCAAGGAGACUCAGUUGAAGAACAAGAUUGCUCAAAUGUGCGUCUUUGUGCAUCAGUCAGUUGAUGAAGAGUCUAAUGUCUUCUACGAGUCACUCAAGAGAAAAGUCUACAUCACUCCCAAGAGUUAUCUUGACCUCAUCAAGUCUUAUCAGAUAUUCCUUCAAGAAAAGAAUCAGCAACUCUCCGAAAGAAGAAACACUUUAUUUACUGGUCUCUCUAAAUUGCAAGAGACUAAUAAAGAAGUCAACAAGUUAUCUACGGAACUAGUUACACUUCAACCAAACUUAGAAAUCUCAGUUACAGAAGCAGAGCAAAUGUCUAAGAAACUAGAAAAAGAUAAGGUCGAAGCUAACAAAAAGAAGAUGGUAGUUGAAGAAGAGAAAAAGAUAGUCGACAAAAAGGCAGCUGAAGUCACAGCUCAGUACGACAUAGCUAUGGCUGAACUUUCAGCAGUACUGCCUAUUCUAUAAGAAGCUGAAGCAGCCUUAGAUACUCUAAACUCCAAUGAUAUUACUGAAAUUAAGAGUACCAAGAGUCCAUCAAAGGGUAUCCUGAACACUAUGAUUAUCACCUGCAUGCUUAUUGAAAAGAACUCUGACUACAAGAAGAUCACCUGGAAGAAUUGCCAAUCUAUGAUGAGUGGUUCAUUCUUCUAGAACCUUAAAACAUUCAAGAAGGACGAUGUCCCACAGAAGGUUGUAUAAGCUAUGGAUAAAUUCUGCGCAGAGAACCCAGACUUCACUCCAGAGAAUGUCAAGAAUUCAUCAAAAGCUUGCUACUCUCUCUGCAAAUGGUGUUUAGCCAUUCAGAACUAUUCCAAAGUAGCCAAGGAAAUCGAGCCUAAGAAAAGGAUGGUCGAAGCUAUGGAUGCUGAAUUGAAGAAGGCCUAGGCAGAACUUAACAUCAAAGAGAGUAAGUUGAGAGACGAGAUGAAAAAAGUUGAGGAUUUGGAGAGAAUGUACAUUGAAGUCAAAGAAAAGAAGGACAGACUGGAAAAUGAAAUUGAACUCUGCAGAUUGAGACUUGGAAGAGCCGAACAACUCACUAGUGGACUCGGAAGCGAACAUGAGAGAUGGUAGGAAAAUGUAGCAAUCUUAGACAGUAGAAUCAGAUAAUUGGUCGGUGAUGUCUUCGUGGCUGCUGCUUGUAUUUCCUACUAUGGUCCAUUUACUGGAGUAUUCAGAGAAAAGCUUGUUUAGAAAUGGGUCGAGCAAUGCCAAGAACUAGAAAUUCCAGUUUCUGAAAAGUUCAACAUGCCAGUUGUUAUGGGUGACCCAAUGGAGAUCCAGAAUUGGAACAUGAAUGGGCUACCCUCAGACUCUGUGUCAAUCAGUAAUGGUAUUAUCGUCAAGUACGGAACUCGUAAGCCACUUAUGAUUGAUCCACAGUAAUAAGCCACCAAGUGGAUAAGAACUAUGUACUCUGAUGAAAACAUCGCUAGUUCAAAAGAUAUUGGAUAGCUUAAGAUUACCAGAAUGGGAGCCAAGGACAUGAUCAAAACAAUGGAGCUGUGCAUUAAGAAUGGCUAUCAACUGCUUAUUGAGGAUAUGGGUGAGUACACUGAGCCAGCAUUUGAACCCGUCCUUCUUAAUUAAACCUUUAAGAGUCCACACGGAAGAGAACAAAUUACCUUCGGAGAUUCAACUAUUGAUUAUGAUCAGAGAUUCAAGCUCUACAUGACUACCAAAAUGCCUAACCCUCAUUACCUGCCAGAGAUGUUCAUCAGAGUUACAGUAAUCAAUUUUACUGUUACACAAGAGGGUCUUGAGUAAUAACUACUCGCUGAGAUUGUUAAGUUGGAGAACCCUGCCAUUGAAAUCAAGAAGUUAGAACUUACCAAAGCUAUAGUCAAAGAUCAGAAACGCAUGAAGAAAAUCGAAGAUGAUAUAUUGAAUCAACUAGUUAAUGCAAGUGAUAAUAUCCUUGAUGAAGAGGACCUCAUCAAUUUCUUGGAGAAAUCCAAGGUCACCAGUGCUGAGAUCAAGAUUGCAAUGGAGGAAAAUGAGAUUGCCCAAGUUGAAAUAGAAGAGGCCAGACAGAAGUAUCAAGUAGUAGCAGAGAGAGGUUCCAUUCUAUACUUCGUUAUUGCUGACUUGGCCGGUAUUGACCCUAUGUAUCAGUACUCUCUACUAUAUUUCCUAAGACUGCAUAACUAAAUUAUAAGUUAAAGUGAAAAGAAUGAGGAUCAAGCAGAAAGAAUAAAGAUCUUAAUUAGAGAGAUCACAUCUAUCGUAUAUAAUAACAUCUGCAGAGGACUCUUUAAUAUGCAUAAACUAAUCUUCUCAUUCAUGAUUGCUACGAGAAUACUGCUACAGUCACAAGAUAUCUCAAUGGCUGAGUGGAAUCUAUAUCUUAAAGGUGUAAUGAUAGAUGGAGAUAUAAAAAACAUUAAAAAUCCAGAGCCAAGUGAAAUUAGUGAAAAGACUUGGAGAUUCGUGCUAAACCUGGAAGGCUAUAAUGAAGCAUUCUAAGGACUGCCAGAGAGCGUUGUUAAAGAUUAUAAACAAUGGAAAGAAUGGUUCACUUCCAAAGAGCCACAUAAUAUGGCCCUUCCAUGCCAAUUAGAAGAGAAACUUUCCAGGUUCUAGAAACUAUUGAUAUUCAAAGCAUUUAGAGAGGAUAAAUUGGUAUUCAAGAUGAGAGAGUUCGUUGAACAAGAACUAGGACACUCUUUCGCUCAUCCUCUACCAGUUAUUAUGGACGAGGUAUUCAAGGACUCAGAUAACAAGACACCAAUCAUCUAUGUACUCUCACCAGGUGCUGAACCCACAGCAUUGUUCUUGAGAUUCGCCAGAAAGAUCAAAGGUGAUAGCUUGGAUGCCUAUCAGAUCAUUUCACUCGGUCAAGGUCAGGAUAAGUUUGCCUUGGAAUGCAUCGAAAAAGGAUGCAAGACAGGUACUUGGGUACUGUUAUAGAACUGUCAUUUGUACAAAUCCUUCAUGCCCAGAUUGGAGAAGGAGGUGCUAGACAUUAACGAGAACUCAGGCAGCAUUCAUUCAGAAUUCAGAUUGUUCUUAACCUCUAUGCCUUGCAAUUACUUCCCAGUGUCUGUUCUAUAGAACGGCAUCAAGAUUACUAAUGAGCCACCAAAAGGCAUAAAAUCAAAUAUCAUUGGAAGCUUGACUCAAUUAACUGAAGAGAAAAUUUAAGGCUGCAAGAGAGAUGUUGAAUACAGAACUCUUCUGUUCUCAGUCUGCUUCUUCCAUGCCGUUAUUUAAGAGAGAAGAAAGUUCGGGCCCCUAGGAUGGAAUAUUAGAUACGAGUUUAAUGAAUCCGACUUUGAAACUGCAACUACCGUUAUGAAAGGUAUGCUGAAUGAAGAAUCUGAUAGUAUUGUCUGGCAGGCAUUACAACAAGUUACAGGAGACAUCGUCUAUGGAGGAAGAGUUACUGAUGAUAUCGACAGAAGAACACUGAUGAUGAUCUUGACUACUUUCCUUUCAGAAGAUGUCCUUUUACCAGACUAUAAAUACUCUCAAAGCGGUGUGUAUACUCCAGUAUCACCAGCGGAGACGCUCUUAGAAGAUCUCAUGAGAAAGGCUAAGUCAUUGCCCGAUGUCGACAACCCAGAGAUCUUCGGAAUGAAUGACAAUGCAGAUAUUGCUUUCCAACUCCAGGAAUCUCUUAACAUGAUUGAAAUCAUUCUCUCAGUUCAGCCAAGAACCAGUGGAUCAUCAGGAGGCGGAAAGAACCCAGAUUAAAUCAUUGAAGAACUAGCAAUCAAGAUUGAAUCAGAACUUCCAGAGCUGAUCACUAGAGACGGAGCUAACAAAGAAUUGUUCCAUGUCAACAAGGAAGGUCUACUGCCCUCACUUACCACUUUCUUACUACAAGAAAUGGAGAGAUUCAACAUACUAGUGACUGUCAUUGCAAAGUCACUUGAUACACUCAAAAAGGCACUUAAAGGAGAAGCUGUGAUGGGAGAAGAUAUUGACAGAAUGUAUAAGAGCAUGCUAAACAACAAAGUGCCUGACAUGUGGGCAUUCCAUGCUUACCCCUCUCUCAAACCACUCGCAUCUUGGAUUGAAAACCUUCAGCAAAGAAUCGAAUUCCUUAAGCUCUGGCUUCUCAAGGGUAAACUAGCAGCUUAUUGGCUACCAUCUUUCUUCUUCCCUCAAGGAUUCCUGACAGCUUUACUCCAAAACUAUGCUAGAAAGUACACAAUUGCAAUCGAUGCCUUGAGUUUCGGUUUCUAAUUCCAAACAUUCUAUAAACUAGAGGACGUGGAUACUCACCCAGGUGACGGUGUAUUCUUCUAUGGAUUCUUUAUGGAAAGUGGCGAGAUCAAUUCUGAUACCUUGCUACUUGAGGAUGCAGGUCCAGGUCAAAAGUUCUCAGUCGUGCCAAUGAUUUAGUUCCGUCCUGAAAAAGAUCACAAAGUAAACGAUAAGGACUUCUUGUGUCCAAUGUUCAAAACUACUGAAAGAGCUGGUACUCUAUCAACAACUGGCCACUCCACAAAUUUCGUUAUCAUGGUGGAGGUCCCUUCUAGAAAAGCUCCAAAACAUUGGGUACUUAGAGGUACUGCAUUAUUCUGUUAAUUGGACGAUUGA